AUGUCUGAAGCUCCAAACUAUCUGGUGUCGAUGGAUCGCAAGUGCGGGAACUCAAUAUCUACAUCCGUCGCCGGUCGCUUCCAGGCAAGCAGGUGGUACUCAAAACUCUACGUCUGGGGUUACAUCACUGUUUCGGUCACCGCCGUCGUGAUACUCCCUUUGGUACAUGAUUACCACCGAAGAGUCGUCAACUCGAAUCACUCGACUACAAUCCACAUCGCCAGCGUAUCGUCCAGUAUCACGCUUCGAAAGUUGAAUCAAAACAGCUUGCGUAUCAUUGUGAUUUCUAUCAAGGCCACACUCGUCCUCCGGAUGGACUGCUUUAUGGAUUGUAUCUCCCUCUUGUGCUCCCUCCACCUCCUGGAUAUCGAGGAGCCGGACCGGUACUCAUCCAGUGACCGUCUUGCCGGUGUAGCCAACUUCGCGCACCGCACAUGCGUAGUAUAG